CUGACCCUCAUCAGGACAAUGACACUCAAACUGCUAUUCUUGGCUCUCAACUUCUUCUCAGUUCAAGUAACAGAAAACAAGAUUUUGGUGAAGCAGUCCCCGCUGCUUGUGGUAGAUAACAAUGAGGUCAGCCUCAGCUGCAGGUAUUCCUACAACCUUCUUGCAAAGGAGUUCCGGGCAUCCCUUUACAAGGGCGUGAACAGUGACGUGGAAGUCUGUGUCGGGAAUGGGAAUUUUACCUAUCAGCCCCAGUUCCGCCCAAACGUGGGGUUCAACUGUGAUGGGAAUUUCGACAAUGAAACAGUGACGUUCCGUCUCUGGAAUCUGCAUGUUAAUCACACAGAUAUUUACUUCUGCAAAAUCGAGGUCAUGUAUCCUCCGCCAUACCUAGACAACGAGAAGAGCAACGGAACUAUUAUUCACAUAAAAGAGAAACAUCUUUGUCAUGCUCAGACGUCUCCUAAGCUGUUUUGGGCACUGGUCGUGGUUGCUGGAGUCCUGCUGUGUUAUGGCUUGCUAGUGACAGUGACUCUUUGUAUUAUCUGGACAAAUAGCAGAAGGAACAGGCUCCUUCAAAGUGACUACAUGAACAUGACACCCCGGAGACUCGGGCCCACGCGCAAGCAUUACCAACCCUAUGCCCCAGCGAGAGACUUUGCAGCGUACCGCCCCUGACAGGGACCUCUAUCCAGAAGCCCGCCGGCUGGUACCCGUCUACCUGCUCACCAUCACUGCUCUGGAUAGGAAAGGACAGCCUCAUCUUCAGCCGGCCACCUUGGACGUCUACUGGGCCACCAAUGCCCACUAUUUUAAGAGUGUCUAGAUCUAACAUCACGAUCAUCUCGAGACUCUGCAAUGAAUGAAAGAAGCUUCUAUGGCAGGAUAAAUUCUGUGUGGCUUGACCCGGACGCAAGCUUAAUAUAUUUAUUGACUUGACUGGGGAAGUUAGAGUAGAGAAAUCAAAAAGUGAAAGAAUUCAUUCAGCCUUGGAAAGUCAAUUUGCAGGCUCCUGGAUGAGCCCCGCCCCUUUCUUAUUUACCGGCACCUUUCAGUCAUGUGGCCUGUGAUAGCCAAAGACGUUUUGGGUGGAGAAGAAAGGAUAGAAAAACCUUCUCUUUGGCUAAGUUGGUGUUUGGGGUGGAGGUAGGUUAGAGUAUAGUACUUAACUAUUUGAAAAAUAAUUAAAACACUUUUUUUUUUUACUCAUGAAAUGAGCCAUUUAGCUCCUAAAUAGUGUUUUUUAGUUUAGAAGGAUGUGGCCACAUUUUUAAUGAAUUCUGACCAUUUAAAUCACAUUGACCCAUGGAAUGGCCCCAAAGCACCCCCCAGGGCUUGUUUCCUCACUUCCUGUCAUGGGAAUUCAGUAUUAUUAAUAGUCACAACAUAAUUUCAGAACUAAAUAGCCCUCUCACACCAAGAAAAAUGUGAGAGCAA